UUUCUCAUUCUCCUUCUCUGCGCCAUGGCCUCAGCGGAGCAGCCGCUGAAGAAGCGAAAGCUGCACGAACCAUCACAACCUCCACAGGAGCAGACAAUCCCAUCACCACAAGAACCUCCGCCACAAUCUCCACAUCCGCAACUCCAGAAAAGCUCCUUUGCACCGCCCUCGCCGCCGCUUUUGUCUCAAGAAGAAAUCCUCAGAAGGCGCAGAAGCCAAGAAGAGAUUCGAAAUGUUUACGAGUGCUAUAAGAGAAUCAAAUUCUGCAUCAAUCAGGAUGAUAAGCGUUUCAAGCCGGACCUUGAACAGGCCUACCUCUCUCUUAUCAGUGCUGCCUCUAGAGGUGGUGCAAGCGUACAACGCCUGGUAGCAGAGUACAUUCCCAGAUAUGCAUCAUAUUGUCCUACUGCUCUUGAAGCCGCUACAAAGGUUGUCAUAAAUAUGUAUAAUUUUUCCUUCACAAUGAUGAGUAGGGGAGAAGAUGCUGAUGCUGUUGCAUUUGAGACUGCCAAGACUUGCAUUUUUGGCCUAGUUGAUAUAUGUCAAAUUGCGGCUUCUGAGGCUCCUACUUCAGCAGUUAUUCAAGGGAUUUGUUCUGCAGUUUUUCUUGAUGUUUUUACCUUCUUUGUAUCCUCAUUAGAGGGAGAGGAUAUCUUUGAGAUUAUUGACCAGAGAGUUUUACAGAUUCAUGAUGUUACAGAAUCCUUUUCUGAGUUCAAGCAAAAGUUUUUGGAGGAAGAUAAUUCUGCCUUGGUCAAACUAUCCAAGUUACGUGCACUGAGUUUUCUGAAAAUUUACUUCAGUUGCCCUAAAAAUUCAAUUGGAGCUUGCUUUGAUCUCUUUGAGUCAGCUGGAACUGAGGGGCUGCAAAAAGGGAAUUACUUUCUUCAUCAGUUGACAAGCGAGCUGAAUGAUAUUGGUCGUCAUCAUCUGGAUGGAGCUAAGCCAUCCAUAUGUUUCACUGAAACAGAAUCUGAAUACAAGCAUACUGUUGAAAAUGGACCCGUUUCACCUGCAUCACAGAGCUGCUUGUUGCGAUUGGUUCUUGAUAAAGAUCUAUCAAUCAAAAGUUUGAUAUUUUCAAGGUACAAGAAGCUAUGUAAAUCUGCUUCUUCUGAACUUGUUUCAGGCAUUACCUGUAUUCUGGAAGGAGUGCUUGAUUCCUUUGCACAGCAGAUCAAGGCAAAUGACUUUGUAGAUGGCAAUGAAGAUAUUUCCAGUCCACCUAAAUAUGUUGGUCAGUACCUAAUUCCUAGAGUACCUAGUCAACAAGGAACUUCUUCUGUAGCUCUUGUAACAGAUUGUCCAGACAAAUUUACAGGCAUUUAUUUGAAUAAUAAGGGGACUGAUCCCAUUGAUGGAGUAGAAUCAAAGUCCAUGAAUUUUCAAUCUGGAGAUUCUGGAGAAUUAUCCAGUUCCAGAACUUUUGUGCCGAGGGAAUUGUUAAAACGACACUCAUUCUCACCUAGAACAAGAACAAGGACACCAUUGGACUUCAGAAGCAAUUCAUUCAAUGGCAUAAGCAAUAGUCAGCAGGUGGAGAAGAGUUUGAGUCCUAAUCUGAACCCCUCAUUACCUUCUUUAAGAUCCCCUACUGGACCUGCGAAUUCUUCUUUUGAAUCUUCCAAGCAUAAUCCUCCACCACCUCAUCCGUCAGCAAGCCAUGUGACAUGGUACUCUGAUGGAGAUCCAGCCUCCGUGGCUAUAUUUCCAGCUUCAGAACAACUAUGGUUGGGAUCAUUAGGCCCUGAUGCAUCCGAAGUGCUUAUUAGGGUUCAAUUUGAAAAGUUUGGUCCCAUAGAUGAAUUACAUUAUUUUCCAUUUAAAGGAUUUGCCUUCGUCAAGUACACAAACAUUAUGAAUGCUUUGAAAGCUAGGGAAGUCAUGCAAGGACGUUCCCCCUGGGGUGAGUGCCUCCGGGUAAAGUUUCUGGAUAUAGGAUUAGGAACUAAAGGAGCUAUAGAUGGUGUGGCCAUUGGUUCUAGUUGUCAUGUUUAUGUUGGAAAUAUUCCUGGCAAAUGGGCCAAGGAUGAGAUGAUGCAUGAAGUUAAGAAAGUACUUCAAAAGGGCCCUCGCUUGGUCACUGAUCUUAAUAGUGAAGGUGCAUUAUUGAUGGAAUUUGACUCACCAGAAGAAGCUACUAUUUCCAUGGUUCAAAUGCAAUGGCAUCGUAAGGGAAAUAAUAACUUUAUCCUGCCCCCAUCAAGCGUAGGUACAACCAAUUUGAUGAUGCAUGCUGAAGGUGCUAGACCUACUUCUGCACCAAUGCAUGCUGAUAUGAGAAGCUGUUACUCUUCUAAUAGUAUGAUUGGAUCACCUCAUGCUCAGAGAAACCUUGAGAAGCCAUCUGACAGUUAUAUGACAAGGACUUCGGGGUUGUCUUCUUUGCUUUUCCAGUUACGUGCAAAAUAUAAUAUCACACACCCCCAAGGUUCUGAAAAUCAAAGGCCUGGUAUUUCUAUGAGAUACCAGGAACAAUUACCCUCAAGCAUGCUUUCAAUUAACCUUCCAAAUAUAAGCCCUAAUUGUCUCGCAGAUGAUGAGCUCUUGGAUAUUUGCAAACUUGCCAUCAACCAGAUAGGAUCUGUUGUCCGAUUGAGUAGAACAAAUAUGCCAACGGGUGCGCAUUGGUUUGUUGAAUGCAGUAGUGUAGAUACAGCAAAUACUUUAUUCAGGAAUCUACGUGAUUGUCCUGGGAUUUUCUUCCAAAUAGAAUUCAGUCACCCUGGAAAGCACCAUUUUGCUCCUCCCAUUAGACCAGAUAACAAUGUACUAGAGCUUCCGUCACCAAAAGUAAAUCAAGAAAUUCAUGGGCCUGGGAUACAAACUGCUGCAUUCCAGUCAAAUUGGACUUCUGUUGACCAUUCGGGAAUGUUGGAAGUUGGAAGAUCUGGCCCUGCUGAACAAAGAUGGGCAUACGGAAAACCUGAAACCCUUCAUCCUGGACAAGUAAGCUUUGCAUCCAGACCUGCACAAACUCCUGUAACAACUAUUGCACCACAACAGCCACUUCAUGGAUCUGCGAAUGUGCGACCUGUCUAUGUGCCUUCAAACAGUUUAUGGGAUGCACGGGGGUUGAACCAUCAUCUACCUCCAACACCAACACCAACACCAAAUCAGAUUCAAUCAGCUCACCAUAAUCUGCCUGCCCCGCCAUUUUUAUCUGCUUCCGUGACUCCACUGGCACAGAUACAGGGAAGUUCUAUGCCACAAUUUAAUAAUAUGUUUCCUCUCAAUGGUGUUCCUCCUCCAUUGUCAUCUUUGGCACCUCCUCCAUCUAACGUGCCUCCUCCAUUACCUCGCCAGCCCAACUUGCAGCCUCCAUUACCUUCACAGCUUGAUUUUCAGCCUCCAUUACCUCCAUCCCCACCUCCUCCAGCCUGUUCCUUGCCCCCUGCACUUCCUCCUCCUAGUUCUCCUCCUCCACCUCCACCUCCACCAUCUGAAUCUGCUGAUACAGAAUGUUCUAAGUUGGGCCAGCGCUAUCCCUGGCAGGGGAUCUUAAGCAAAAGUAGUGUUAAUUACUGCACCAUAUAUGCACAGAGGGUGGAUUCUGAUAUUUGCAACUAUUCAAAUGCUAUGGCUGAGCCAUUAGGAUGGCCUGCUAAAUUGGAUAUGACAAAACGCACUGAUUUCCGGCAUGUGAAGUCAACUUUUUCCAGUACCCCACCUCACAGAAGAGAGAUAUGCUGGCUUUUCCCUUCUUCUCAAGGCGAUCACAAGGGUUUUCAAGAUUUCAUUGCAUACUUGAAGCAGCGAGAAUGUGCAGGAGUAAUCAAAAUCCCAGCUGCAGAACCGUUGUGGCCUAGACUACUGUUCAUUCUUCCAUACUCACCUGAUACAUGUUCCAUGCUGUCUAUUCCCCCUAAUCCUUCACUUUGCUUAAUUGGUUUGGUAUUGCCCAAGGAAAUGAACUCUGAAGCAGUAUGAUCCGCACUCUAUGGGAAUAAUGUACGUGUAAUGUUUCAGAAUAGGUCAAAAGAGCAUAAGAGUAUUAGUUCCAGUUAAAACUGCAGUUCUCCAUAAUCCUCCAAGAUCAGUGACGGCAUGUGAAAAGGUAGUGCCAUUUUUUCCGGUAGAAAUGAAGCAUUGUUGUGGAACUAACCAGUGCCAGAAGUUGUGCUGCAGUUAGGAAAUUUUCGGGUCAAUUCUUGAAUUCCAUUAAAGCUCGUUGACAUGCUAUGACAGAAGAUUCCCACUCAUGUAGAACUGGAUUCUCCCUUUCUCUUUUCAGGAUUCAAAUCCCUUCUUUUUUCUUUUUUUUUGGGCUAUAGUUUUCAGGAAAGAAAAUAUUUCUAUACUGUUAACCCUUGAUACCAUUUUGAGUAAUUGGUGAUGAGUUAAACUGAGUUCUCUCUC